AAUGGUUUAUUUUAUUUUUUGAAUGGAUGAAAUUUUUAUGUUAAUUUAAAAAAAAAAAAAAAAUCACGUUCAAACACGAUUUAGAGAAAAGCAAAAGAUCAUAUUUUAAUUAAUUUUAUUAGGGGGUUGGGCAGAGUUGAGCUGGAAAAACAGAGUGGAAUUGCAGACAAAAAUGAAGGUUGACCGUAGACGUUCUGGGUGGUGGUGAGGCGAGUAGGCGGUGAAGAUCUGAAUUGGGAGAAACAAAUUAUAUAAUAUAAAUUAGAAACCCAAAGUCAUUCAGCUCCAAACAUUUUCAUAUGGUGCUGAAGGCUGAAUGAAGAUGGGAAAAUUUAUUAUUAGGUUUUUGAUAUAAUCAAUCAAUCAAUCAAUCAGGAAAGCAAAUGCGAAAAAUGGGUGGCUGGAGGAGUGCGUUUCAAGAAGCUGCUAAUUCGAAGCCACUGUUUCUGACAAUUUACGCCACUGUGGUUGUCGGCAUCGUCUUCUCUUCCUUCUAUGUCUUCUCUGCCAUCUACUCCGCCAAUUCUCCUGUUACUUCCUCCUGGCUCUCCUCUCCUUCUCCUCCUUCUUCUCUUUCCCAUGUAGGUUCCCCCAUAGACCGAGCACUUAAUUUUUCUCAACCGGCACUAGUUAAUGGAGUUCCCGCGCCAACACCAGAGACUCCAAGCAUUCGCACCACUACAGCUAUUUGGCAAGCUCCCUCACUCACCAAAAAAAUGCCACCUUUGAAGAGUUUUCGACUGACUAAGGAACUGGUUCAACAAAGGGUGAAAGAUAACAUCAUUAUAGUGACCUUUGGUAACUAUGCAUUCAUGGAUUUUAUCCUAACUUGGGUUAAACACUUGACUGACUUGGAGCUCUCUAACCUUCUUAUUGGUGCAAUGGACACCAAGCUGUUAGAGGCUUUAUACUGGAAAGGUAUUCCUGUAUUUGAUAUGGGCAGCCAUAUGAGCACAAUAGAUGUAGGCUGGGGCUCACCAACAUUCCACAAGAUGGGGCGAGAAAAAGUUAUCCUUAUAGACUCGAUUCUCCCUUAUGGUUUUGAGCUAUUGAUGUGUGACACCGACAUGGUUUGGUUGAAGAACCCACUUCCAUAUCUUGCUCGUUACCCUAAAGCAGAUGUCUUAACAUCCAGUGAUCAAGUGGUACCAACAGUUGUCGAUGACAGGCUGGACAUCUGGCAAGAAGUUGGUGCUGCUUACAACAUAGGAAUUUUCCACUGGCGGCCAACGGAUUCUGCAAAAAAAUUGGCUAAGGAAUGGAAAGGCAUGCUUCUAGCGGAUGAAAAAAUCUGGGAUCAGAAUGGUUUUAAUGAUCUUGUCCGCAGGCAGUUAGGACCAUCAGUUGAUGAAGACAGUGGGCUUGUGUAUGCUUUUGAUGGAAAUCUCAAGUUAGGAAUCUUACCAGCAAGUUUAUUCUGUAGCGGGCAUACUUAUUUUGUCCAGGCUAUGUACCAGCAACUGAGGUUGGAGCCCUAUGCAGUACAUACAACAUUUCAGUAUGCAGGUACUGAAGGAAAGCGCCAUAGAUUACGCGAAGCUAUGGUCUUCUAUGACCCACCUGAAUAUUAUGAUGCCCCAGGAGGCUUCUUGACAUUUAAGCCAUCAAUUCCUAAGAGAUUAUUACUAGAUGGAGAGCAUAAUAUCACAUCGCACUUUUCUCUUAUUAAUUUUCAAAUGAAGCAAAUAAGGACAGCACUCGCUAUUGCUUCUUUGUUGAAUCGCACCCUGGUCAUGCCUCAACUAUGGUGUAGGUUGGAUAGGCUGUGGUUUCCACACCCAGGAGUUCUGGAAGGGUCUAUGUCUAGACAACCUUUUCUUUGUCCUCUGGAUCAUGUGUUUGAGGUAAAUGUGAUGCUAAAAGAAUUACCCGAGGAAUAUGGUCCCCAUAUCAACAUUAGAGAGUACUCUUUCUUUGACAAUCCAUUAAUGCCCAAAGAGGUGAAAAGUUCAUGGCUUGAGGUUCAUCUUUGUCAAGAAGGAACUGAAGAUUGCAGUGCAUCAAAUAACACCAGUCCACCAGGUGUACUCAGAUUUCCAAAGCGCAGCAAUGAAGAAAGGUUCAAGGAAGUAUUCUCCUCGUUCAAGGAUGUCAAAGUUAUUCAAUUCUCUUCAAUGCAAGAUGCCUUUCUAGGUUUCAGUGACAAGAAAAGGGAAGAUAGAUUCAGGAAUCGUGUGAAGCGGUAUGUAGGUAUAUGGUGUUGUGUGCUGAAUCACAACCCAGGUCACAUAUAUUACGACAUGUACUGGGAUGAGAAACCUGGCUGGAAGCCAAUCCCUCCUCAAACACCACAGGAUGAUCACCCACCUUGGUGAGUCCCUGAACAAGAAGGUAACAUUUUUAUUUAACAAAAAUCAAAACCACAGCGGAGCAGAGGACACUAUUACUUAUGUUACAAACGAGGAGGGCUGUAUACAUACAUAUAAUUUGUACAUGAUAAGAGAAUGUAUUGCUAUUGAGAGAAUGUAAUUUUAAUUUUAGUGAUAAGAUAUUAUGAUGCACCCACGUGUAACAGUAAUUCUUUUCCGAUUGUGUCAACUUGUUUCGCAGCUCAAAUAAAUAGAAAUAGUUCUAAUGUUUUGUCAA